UUUAGUAGAACCCACGGUGACUGUGAGUGAACUCGUGCUGUGUUGGUGAAAACGUUUGUACCUACUACGAGAAAGGAUUAAACGAAAUACAAGGCAGAGGACAAGGGAGUGGGACAAUGGGCGUGAAUCAACUUUGCUAGUGUACAAUGUUGGUGUCCGUGUUGUGCGCGAUUUUGCUCGUCGGUCCUGCAUUUUCCGAGGAAUCGUGCGGUGGCACUCUGACCGAGAGGAAUGGCGUUAUCCAGACGCCGGGAUUUCCAGGACCUUUCCAGGUACCUAUAUCGUGCACCUGGGUCAUAGAUUCAUCCGCCCAGCCGCCGUCGUCGAUCGUGGUGUACUUGACGCAGCUAUUCGUCUCCACGGGUGUCACUUUCACGGAAUACAGCUUUUACGAGCCGCUAUCGCCUUUUCCGCUGGAGUCAAAACGCAUUUUCGAAGUGAACGAGCAGAACGUCAUCACCACGAGCUGGAUUUACACGAGAAAUCAGUAUUUUGUCAUUGAGUUCAAGCUCGACCAGCUCGAAGGCAACCACCUCAGGGUCCUCGAUGACCUGCUCGACGUCUACGGGUUCAAUAUCACCUACGAAAUGACGGCCGAUGAAGAAGAUGUCCCUCUUGUCAGAAACGACUCCUGUUCCGUCCUUGGCUGUUCCUUGGCUGGAAACUGCUACGCCAGCAAUGAUUUCCAAGAAUACUGGUGCUCUUGUUUUCACGGUUUCAGCGGUACCUCGUGUGAAAAAGGGCCUCUAUGUCUUCCUAUGACUGACGUCUGCAAAAACGGAGCAACGUGCAGACACGUCGGAAUAUCAGCGGUGUGCCAAUGCGCCCCUGGUUUUACUGGGCCAACAUGUGAAUUCCCAGUUCCAAUAUCAGACUGUGAAGGAGACGACGAUAUAUGCUCACCGCAGUGCCAAUUCGACGGGAGACAGGAAAAUGUCUGCAAUUGCGACAGCCAAAACGCUCAACGUGUUUCAUCAGAGAGAUGGAGAUACGAAUUGUCUUUGAGAGUGGCCAACUUGACAGCUCUAAAUAUACAACACCCUGGUCGAACCCUUAUAAACUUUUUAGAAAAGCAGAUAAUGAAGUUCUUUCGAUCAGGAUCCUUGAGUAAAAUGGAAGACCUAAAAAUAUUAAACAUAACUGAAAAGGACGACGUCGUUUUUCACUUUUUCGGUAGCAGCCACGAUAAGAACAGGGUGAGAGAACUCAUAGUCAAGCUGCUCGCGAAAGGGAGGCUCGGCGAGAUAAAUCUACUUCAAAAAGAAAACAGCUUUCGACAAGAGCCUGCUCUACAUUUAAAGUCUAUAAUGUCCACUGUGAAAGGGAUAAUCCGAGAAGGUGAUGAAUUGAUGUUGUCCUGUAUUGCUCAAGGGUCGUCUUACAUGACUUUCAACUGGUACAAGGACGGUGACCGAAUUGACGUGACGAGAUCGUCAGGGUUGAUAUGGACAAAAAUGUUGCCGAAAGAUGGACGAGGUGAAUACACCUCGAUCCUGGUAAUCGAGAAGAUUGACGCCCUCGAUGAAGGAAGAUACACUUGCCAAAUAGCAGACUGGGGUUUCCAAGAAUGCAAAACUGUCUACAUAGAAGUCGCCAAAGCUCCGCAGGUGCACAUACUGCCCAUGAGUGCCUCUCUGCAAAAGGGUGAAAGCAUCGAUUUGAAAUGCGUGUCCACCAACGAGAGGAGGUGGUCGGAUCAAGAUCCCAUUGGAUACAGCUGGAGAAAGAACAAGGAACUCUUCCCGUUGUCACCUGGGAAAGAGGUCUGGGAAGACUUGAAGCCUACGGGAAGUAUCCUGAGGGUGCAUAACAUUGAAAAAUCAACAACAUACACGUGCCUUGCUCAUACGUUAGCGGCAACACAGGAGCAGAGUGUUAGAAUUGAAGUCAUUAAUCACACAUCAAUGGCGAUGUGUAAAUCGGAGUUGUAUAAUGGUAUUAAAUGGAGCAUAACCACUCCAGGAAGUACUGCAUUAACUGAAUGCCCCCAUAGGUAUUAUGGGAUUGCAAAGCGUCAGUGCUUGAUAUCAGAUCCAGGAUUUGCGGUUUGGCAGGAGCCAAAUUUUUCAAACUGCAUAUCUGACAGACUAUACGGCAUCAUGACAAAUUUUCGAAUAUUAGCUAGAGGAUAUAUGAAAACAACGUUAGAAAAGACGAGUUCAGAAUUGGUUUAUUUUCUUGAAGAUAGGAAAGGACUCUAUCCAGGAGAAGGCGAGCCCAUAAUCGACUUGUUGCAAGAAAUCCUUUUAUAUGUUAAUGACACUUCUUCAUGGGUUGAUCUCAUCGACAGUACCAUGUACUUUUACAGAUGUAUAGACUUACUCCUAGGUUUCACCAAUUCAAUCAUAAACGAACAUAAAGUAAGGGAUGUUCAGGUAUUGUUAAACAGAUGGACUUUACUUUGGGCUGAACACACCCACAAUGGGACUGCACAUCAUUUUUCGUAUGAUUCAUUUGUCAUAGACGUUAUGAGCAUAAUGGACGACACUCAUACAAGCUACUACAUACCAAAACUGUCUAAUGAUUAUCCAACAUGGUACACGACGAAGGUGGCUGUUCAUGUUGCUGCGCAACAAUACACUGGGUUUGUCAACACUAAGAACAUACUGGCAAUUGUCAAUUAUCACAAUAUCACAAAAUUUUUGCCAAAUCGAUCAUCACAAAAAAAUGUGGAUGGGACUGAAAUUAUAUACGAAGUGCAAUCGAACAUUCUGAGCAUAUCUGUAGCUAGGCACAUGAAAGUGCACAUCGAGGUUGAUAUUCCACUAUGGGAAGUUAGAGAAGGCUGGAACAGGACAUGUGCAGUCGCACCAUCCUUGGAUGCAAACUGGGACUUGUCCACGUGUCAUCAUGCUGUCAAGCAGCACAACGUGACUCAGUGCGUGUGUCAGUGGCCUGGAGUUUACUCUGCUUUACUGUCCAUGGAUUCUACUGCUAGCCAUGUUGGUUUGAACCGGAUUCUCCGUCCUUCCUCGAUUGUUCUCAUUGGUUGUACAAGCUGUCUAGUCCAGUCGCUCUUGGCAUUUGUACUUUUGCUAGCUCGUUGGUGGCACAGAAAAACAUGUAUCCUCUUUUUGAAACUACAGUGUUGUGUUUCCGUUUCUCUUAUAAUGUGCAUUUUCAUGUAUUCUGCUCGGAUCAAUCUACCUAAGUACACUUUUACAUCGAUGACAGUUCUUAUAGAAGGUCUCAUGCUUCUCGGAAUAACAUCACAUCUCAGCAAGCUACUUGUAGUGUACACAGAGGUUGUUCGACUGCCUAAUGUAAAAAAUAUAAAGAAGACUGUGUUUGGUAUAACUACAGGUGUAACUUUACUGGCUGUUCUGUGCAGUCUGCUCGCACACCACCUAAAUGAUAACUAUUUGGACUCCUGGUGGCUUCCAUAUGAUUCAGCAAUGUUUUUCACACUUGCCACAUGCAGUUUUUUAAUAGUCGCAAUGUUUAUUUUCCUAUUUUUUAACUUGAUGCACAGGUUGAAAUUUCUACUUUGCAUGCAAGAUGAAAAGACAGCUCAUAUCAUACGAAGAAGGAUUGGCCUUUUGAAGCGUACAAUUGUUUUAUUUUUUUCGAUGAUGUGUAUGUCCAUUUCAAGUGUAACAUACGUCAACAGUCCAAACAAAAUCAAUUAUUAUCUGUUCAGUGUGUGUUCUGCUCUUCUUGGUUUUUUCAUUUUUUUCUGUUACAUUCUGCACAGUGAGUCUUCUCUUAACAUUAAACUACUAAAACAGUUGAAAAUUUAUACUUCCAAAGACCUCGACUAUAGCUCUGAAUCUGACACAAAUUUAUUUAACUUCUUUACAAAACAAGACCCAGAAGUGGAAAGCGACUGCGCUCCACCAUGCAUAAAAUCAACCCCACCGAUUCAGAUGACAGAAUUGGUACCAAUCAGUGAAAAACUUAUCCCAAAACCAAAGAUGGUCACGUUCAACGGAGAGCCGAAUAUUUGCGAGAAGAAAGAAAAUACAGAUGUUGAUUUAGAAGUGUACCCAAAUAGUCCUAGAAAGUACAACAAAGGUAUUUUAUUGCUAGUUAAUGCUCCUGAAAAGGCCCAUAUUACAGAAGACACGUCGUCAUCGGUCAAUGAUAUUUGUACAAAAGAGUUUAGCAUGAAUCCCAUUCCUGAUGUCAUCACGAGCAAAGUGUUUGUAGAUGUAGAAGUGGACCAAGAGAAUAGCCUGUUACCAAAUUCGACUCGACUUCCAACCAAAGACAUCCCUACUAAAGUUCCUUUUGCAACGGAAGAGUCGGCCGACAAUGACGUUUUCGUCGUGCCGGCCCCUACGCUCGAACCUGCUUCAAUCAAAAGCAAUUCUGAAGUUUUACCAACAAUAAUGGAGGAUGAAGACUGUGAGGAUAAAAAUGUUCUAGACCGGAUAACUCAUGAUCUAGACUACCUACUAAACCGAAAACCAGAAGGCGAGAUUAUUUCUUACCAAAGACAUAAAAAACAAACAGGAACUGAUCCAAAUAAACCUAUUCCAAGCACCAAUUUAUAAAGGAAAUUUAUUUACUUUAAUAAUUAUUUAUUUUAUUUAGAUAAUUUAGUUUAUAAAACAUUCCUAGUUUACAUUAUUAAAAAUAUUCUGACAGAUCUCAUAAAUUAUUAAAUUUAGAUAAGUUUAUUCAAAUGUUCAAUAGGUUAGAACAACUAUUAUAUGUUUAUAAUUGUUCCUAUUGUUCUAAGAUAAUAAUUGAAUUUUCUGUUUUUCUAUAAUUUGGGUUGUACUUUGUUUAGUAUGUAAAUAAUUAUUUAUUUGUUAUGGAUAUCCUAUUCGUGUCUAAGACAAAUCAUUACUGGGAAUUUUUUUCUAUUUGGAUAAGAGCAUUUUCAAGUGAAACUAGUUUUGAAAAUGAUAAGUACCUGAAGGAAAUAAAGUCAAAUUUAUUAAAUUAUUUAAUGUAAAUAGACUGUCAAAACAUUUACUCUUAUUUAACUUUUCAGUGUCAUACGUGUUUGUAUAUUCUGACUAAUUAGAAUUUCUACUAAUAUUCUUACUUUUUAAAUCCAACAGUAUUAAUUAGUAAUAAAUAUGUAAAUGAUGUGUCAGUAAAAAAGAUUGGAUUGAGUUUUUGAUUUAAAAAAAAAUAUAUAUAUAUAUAGUGUUGACUAGGUUUUUCAUUUUCUUCAAAGCUCAUUAGUCAUUGUGUUUGUUGUUAACAUUAUUGUUCAAUUGUAUUGAAUUAAUAAAGUGUUGUGGAAAUAUUGUUUUGUGUGUCUUAAAAACAAUGUAAAAAUUGAAUUUGUUGAGACAAAAAAAUAGAAAAAACUAUUUUUGUAUUGAUGAUACUAGCUCACAAAUAACUGUGUUAUAUAUUUAUAAGUGUGUAAAUAUAUUAAAAAAGAAAAGAAAGUGCCUUUAACAUUUUGUAACUAUAUUCGAUUUAUAAAC